ACGAUAAACAGUGAAUACCUAAGCAUCAGAAGAAUGCCCUACUUAGCAAUUAUUUUGGGCAACGAUGCUUAAAUUUCACACCGCUAGCUGCCAGUCAGUGAUAAUGAGUCACUAAUCAGUAGAACGUGGAUAAGACUGGUCGGGUUUUGUCGCCGUGGAGAAGUCACUGGACAGAGUUUCGCAAUUAAAAAUUGCUGAGACCGAGAGCUGCGGGGCUGUGGCCUUUUUUUUCUUGUGGUAGAUGAGGAGAUUUCAAAAAUCGCAUUCUCAUAGUGAUGAAACAAAGUGAAAGUUCCCUCAGCUAGUGGUGUCCAGUGAGCGUUUUAACCCUAUAAACAUAGUAUUUAUUUGCACACAAGUUCGAGCUUCCGUUCGCGGCGUACUUUGGCGGCCCGAAACUUAUCUUAUCAAUCGCGGGACUAAAUUAAUUUGGAGCUGUAAUAUGGCCGCGUAUCUGAACAACCAGCAGCAAAUGCAGCGUCCCAUGGAUUCACCGCACGAAAUCAUUCCCCUUCAACGUAUGACCACUCGGGAGGAGGCCACGGAACGACAACGGAUUCGGGAUAUCUUCGACAAAUAUGACCGAAACCGGACCGGUUUGCUGUCGAUCCAGGAGCUCAAACGUAUGAUCAACAAUAGGAGAUGUCCGGAUCUACCGAAGGGCUUCGUGAAGAAUCUUUUGAAAACCGCCGACACCAACAACGAUGGCCAUUUGGACUUCGAGGAGUUCUACCAGAUGUCCCGCGAACAUCACUAUCUUUUCCGGGACAUGUGCGUGCGGUACUGCAAACUGGUGGUCCCCAGUCGGAAUCCUGCCACGGCGGACGAACCUGAUGGCGAAUAUGAACGAAGCAUGAGCCUAUGGCCUCCCCCUCUUACUAUGAUUGUUUUCUCGAUAGUGGAAAUUAUCUUCUUUGUCAUUGAUAUUAUCGAAACGAAUAAUCAAAUGGGAACGAGUACAAACGGUCCGAUGGCCACCCUCUUCAUCUACAAUCCUCAGCUGCGGGAACAGGCGUGGCGAUUUGUGACGUAUAUGUUUGUUCACAUAGGUUUCAUGCACAUCGUGAUGAAUCUAAUGGUGCAAAUAUUCCUGGGAGUCGCCCUGGAGUUGGUCCACUGCUGGUGGCGUGUGGCUCUGGUCUAUCUGGCUGGAGUUUUGGCAGGUUCCAUGGGAACGUCCAUUUUCUCUCCCCGUGUGUUCCUGGCUGGAGCGUCUGGUGGUGUAUACGCCCUCAUCACAGCUCACAUUGCUACAAUCAUAAUGAACUGGAGUCAAAUGGAGUACGCAAUCGUUCAGCUGUUCGUGUUCCUGGUGUUCUGCGUGACUGAUUUGAGUGUCUCGAUCUACAACAGCAUUUACGAUCCGUACGACAAAGUAGGAUACAUCGCCCAUGCCAGUGGAGCUUUGGCGGGCUUCCUGGUCGGCAUUGGAGUGCUUCGGAAUCUCAGAGUCCGGCCGUGGGAGCGAAAGUUGUGGUGGUUUGCGGUCACGAUCUACUUCCUGCUUAUGACUGCCGGAGUUAUGUUCCACAUUUUUUAUCCCGACCACUUUUAUCCUAAGUUCGCCUAGAUCAGUUUUUGUAGCUAGGAUUUUAUAUAGUUAUAAGGCAGCAUUUUAGGUACUUAUUUAAGGUAUCAUAAAAGACAAUUGCUUACGCAUCGAAGCAUUAUUAUGACAGCGCAGAUGUAAAUGAAACCCGUGCCUCUUGUGAUGUGCGAAGACAUGUAUAGCUAUUUAAGCGAACUUGAAAGAUUUCUGUACUUUACGCCAGUGUGCCUUUUGAUAUCUUUACUUAAGAAGUAUUUUAUCCUACUUUCCAAACUUGGAAGCACAAUUUAGAAAAAAAAAAUGCAAAGCAUAUUUCUACUUGAUUUAUUUAAAGAGAAAGUAAUGUUUAGAUUUUAUAUGUGAAAUCAAAAUAUACGAAAUGAAACAUUAUAUUUUUACAGUAUUAGAAAA